AGAUCGAUAUCCUCGAAAAUGACACAGCAACGCAUUGCAAACCCCGCUCUCUUUGUUUGCGACCUACAGGAAAAGUUUCGGCCCGCGAUUCACGAGUUCCCAAAAGUCGUAGCAACCACACAGAAGCUCCUCAGAGCCAGCAAAAUCUUGAACAUACCUGUCUUUGCAACAACACAGAACAAAGCUCGACUUGGGGAGACAUGUCCUGAACUUCAGCUGGAUGCGCCUGAGGGCGUACAGACUCUCAUUCACGCAGACAAGACACUCUUCUCUAUGAUUACUCCAGAGGUCCAGAAAGCCCUUGACCCUCUUCGUGCAAACGGACCUAUUUCCGCCAUCAUCGUGGGCAUCGAGAGCCACAUCUGUGUCACACAAACCACUAUCGAUCUUCUCCGAGCCGGCCACAAGGUGUAUGUAAUUGCCGAUGGAGUGAGCAGCUGCAACAAGGAAGAGGUGCCGGUUGCUCUGGCUAGACUGAGGCACGAAGGUGCUGUCGUCACAACGAGCGAGAGCUUCAUAUAUGAGGCUGUUGGAGAUGCCGGUACACCAGAGUUCAGGCAAAUUAUCAAAGUGGUCAAGGACACAUCGGCGAGCACGAAAGAGUCGCUACAAACUCUUUGCAAGAUUUAAUCCCUUCCAACUUUAUGAGAUGUACAAAAUCUACUUGGGAACAGUAC